AUGACGAAAAUUGGGGAUUGUUAUACCAAGAAAGAACCCAUUACUGGUACUCGUGAUGGUGAUGUUAGUGAUUCUUCUGAUGUCUUUAUACCAAGAGUUAAGCAAAGAGUCAAGCAUGCUGUGCCAGAAGUCAUUGAUCUUUGCAUGGACUCCGACUCUGAAAUUGAAAAUUUGAGCUCACAACUACAUGAAGUCCACAGCAAAUGUAAGGUGGUCCCACCUGAGAUAAUAGAAGUAUUUGACAACGAUAAAAUUCUGAAGGCACUUAUAAACUGUGAUCCAGAUUUCGUCUCCUCAACAAACCCUGUGAAGAUUGAGAAAAACCAAAGUUUUAUUGUUGAUUUGGACAAACUGGAAGACCCUGAAGAUAUUUUGUCAGAUGACCUUGGAGCAUGGGAGCAAACUAAGACACGGUCAAAAUGGUAUAAUGUAGUGCUGACUGAGAAUGGAAAUSCCAAAAAAGUCACCAAAGUUAAAGAUCAUUCUCAUGGAGCUUACCAGGUUUGCAGGCGCCCAUUUGUCAAUAAGAGUGACAAAUCCCUGAAAAAGACCAUUGUGAAYGUAAUCCUUCMAAAUGGAGAACAUUUCAAUUUAAUAUUUGUAAGAUAUUAUUUUGAAGGUCCAGAACAUGCCAUAAAAGUUGCACCUCAUGGAAACUCCAGCAAGUCGUCUAUCCCAUAUCUUAGAAYAUACCAAAGCACAGUAAAUAAGCUAAAGGAAAGUGUAACUAAAGGAAAGGGAGUCAAGAACAUCCUCCAUGAUGUUGAACACCAAGUGGGAGGACUGCAAAAUUGUAAGUCAGAAGGUGCAUUACCUAGGAGUACUCGUCAAGUACAAUACUUAAAAGAUGAAUCCAAAGAGAAAGACCCCAUCUUUGCAAUUACCACUAAAAUGAAGUUACAAGUUGAAAUGGAAGGUGAAAAGUUCAUAAGAGCAUAUUCUUUAGAUGAUGACUCACCCAAAGUAGUUCUCUUUACUGAUGAUCAAGUAGAUGACCUAGUCAACUUCUGCUGUAAUGACAUUCAUGGUCACAAAUCAAUGUUAUAUGUAGAUGUCACAUUUCAGCUUGGUCCAUUCUAUGUGCUCCUAACAAGUUACCAAAACACAACACUUGUUACCAAGACUACAGGAAGAUGCCCCAUUAUGAUUGGCCCUACAUUGUUAUGCAUGCUGAAAGAUAAGGCUACUUAUCUGACACUCUUUCAAAAGCUCACUGCUCUUGUCCGAGUUCGUAAUGUGAUAUGUCGUUUAGAGAUCGGAGUGCGAUCGGGGACAAAGAAGACUUUCUAUCAUUACACCGAUGAGAAGGGUGCACAAGGGAUAUCAGAAAGUGGCAAAAUCAAGGAAUCCACAGAUACUCAAAGAGACGCAAUUCUUGGACGAGGUUUCGAACCCGCGACCUCUGAAUUGUACGCCAAGCGCCUUAACCGAUUGUGCAACGGUGACACUUUGAGGAAACUUGGCGUGUUUUAG